CACUGUGGGGUCUCUGUUUUCUGGUUUAUCUCAGAACUUCAAUGGGCACAGACAAUGAAACUCUCCCCCAAGACUUUCUGCUGUUGGGUUUUCCUGGGUCCCAGUUCCUUCAGCGCUCCCUUUUCAUGCUUUUCCUGGUUAUGUACAUUCUCACAGUUGGUGGUAACAUGGCUAUCUUGAUGUUGGUGAGUACCUCCCACCAGCUACACACCCCCAUGUACUUCUUUCUGAGUAAUCUAUCUUUCCUGGAGAUUUGGUACACCACAGCUGCAGUCCCCAAAGCCCUGGCCAUCUUCCUGGGGAGAAGCCAAACCAUAUCAUUCACCAGCUGCCUUUUGCAGAUGUACCUUGUUUUCUCACUGGGCUGCACAGAGUACUUCCUCCUGGCAGCCAUGGCUUACGACCCCUAUCUGGCCAUCUGUUACCCUCUCCACUACGGGGUCAUCAUGAAUAGCCUCCUCUCAGUGCAGCUGGCCCUGGGCUCCUGGGUCUGUGGUUUCUUGGCCAUUGCAGUGCCCACAGCCCUCAUCAGCAGCCUGGCCUUCUGCGGCCCCCACACCAUCAACCACUUCUUCUGUGACAUUGCACCCUGGAUUGCCCUAGCCUGUACCAGCACACGACCAGUGGAACUUGUGAGCUUUGUGAUUGCUUCUGUGGUCAUCCUGAGUUCCUGCCUUAUCACCUCUUAUGUAAAAUAGGAACAUUGAUAUUUUUUAUUCUUAAUUAAUACUGUCCUUAGGAUUUUAAAAAAUGGUAAAUGGCACAUACAUAAAACAUCAGUAUGA